AUGAAAGGCAGGACACCAAAGUCAACUUAUUAUGAUAAGUAUGGGCCAAAUGGUAUUUUUACUAAAGCAGCAGUUGGUACCAAAAAAAUUACUAGUUUUUUUAAUAACAUCGAGACACAAGUUACAAAUCUACAGCCUAACGAGUUAGAUAAGGUCUCAAGCGAUUCAGAAAGUAAAACUGACUUAUAUGUCUAUAAAAUAAAUAAAAGUGUGAAAGAUUUAAAAAAACAAUUAGAACAAAAUCAUGGUACAUUAACAGUUAAAGAAUAUAAUUAUAAAAGAGCUAUUUUUGAAUAUCUUAGUUUGUUGAGUAAUAAUAAUGGUCAUGGCAAAAUUAAAGCUAAUUUGGAGGUUGCGCAAAAGGUCUUUAUCGAUGAAUAUUGGUUACUUAAUGAUAAGCUUCCGUCAUCUAGACAUGGAAAAUAUCAAAAAACAAUUAGGAUAAUCGAUGAUGAAGAUAUUGAAAUCAAAUGCCAUAUUUGGAUUAAAAGCUAA